UAUUAAUCCAUAGCGAUAGUUCUGGAAUGCUAACGUUACAGUCAUUUCUUAGCAUCUAAUUACUCGACUAUAAGUAAGGAUAUAUAACCUCUUUAGCGGAAUCAGCCAAGUUCUGCCAACAGAGGACCAUACCUAAGGUAAGCUAGAAUCCACCGGACACACUCCCCGUCUAUACUCUGUACCCGUCCUUGCCGCAAGGUCUCAACAAUAUGUCAUUCACUCAGUCGCAACAAACCAUAGUAGUCGUUGGCGCCACGGGAAUCCAAGGCUCUGGUGUUGUCCGGGCAUUAUUGAGCGACGAAUAUGGUGGUCCUUGGUUUGUCCGAGCUCUUACCCAAGAUCCCAGCUCAGGCAAAGCACAGAAGCUUUUGUCAGAUUACCAAACUACUGAUAAUCGUCUGAGCUUGGUCAGUGGCCAUGUUUACGAUGAAUCAAGCCUACGGAGUGCCUUUACGGGUGCAUACGGCGUCUUCGCCAUGACAAGUGAACGGUACCCUGGUAAACUAAUUACUGAAGAGUGGGAGUUAAAACACGAGAUUAAUGCAGGGCGUAACAUCAUCUCCGCUGCCAAGGAGUGCUGCAUCAAGCAUUUGGUGUUUAGCAGCUUACCUGAUACUGUCAAAGCGAGCGACGGCCAGUUCAAACGGAUACAUCACAUGAACAACAAACAUUCUAUUGAGCAAUUGGCAAGAAAGGAGCUUAAUGGCUUUACCUCCUUGAUUCCUGGCUUUUUUUACACUAACUUGGUCUGGCCACAGUAUUGCCGGCUUCGUGAGGACGGCGUGGUACAGUUUUGUAUGCCCCUACCCGGGAACCAAAUGGCCCAAUGGACAGAUCCUGCACACGACAUGGGAGCCUUUUCCGCAAAGAUAUUUCACUUAGGCGUUGAAAAGACUAAAGGGAAAGCUUUUCUUGCUUUGGGACCUAGGAUAACUCCCGAAGGCAUGGCGAAAGUGUUUAUGCGCGUUACCGGAAAACCGGCUGUUCAUUCUCCAAUCUCGUUUGAAGAGUUCGGUCGAUUGAGCUCUGCACUCGUUGGCCCAGCAUUCAAGGAAGACGCCAUUGAAAUGAUGCGAUGGGCUGCCGUAGCUCCAACCGACAAGACCUGCUAUGGAGCCUUUGAGCUAGAGGUUGAGCAAUCGAGCGAGGACCUAGGUCUUACUGCUAGCUCUUUUGAAGAUUGGCUGGCGCGUAGCGGAUGGACUGGUCCUUAGGAGGUAUAUUCAUUCUCCGAGAUAGAGUUCUGAACUGAAUCAUCCAAUUAUCGCGGAGACAACAUAGGUUUAAUUACCGCCUUGAUUCAACCAAGCCAUUAUGUAUCUUUGUUCUCAGGCUCAUGCAGUGGGCUCCUGUGUCAUUGGGUAACGGCGCUGUGCAUGAGGCCGGGGGUGCUUCAGGCUGCAACAAUGUGUAACAGGGAUAUUUACUCUACUAGGAGGCAACACUAC